UCCUUCUUGUUCCCAAUAAGUAGUUAGACAAGUUUUGAUACUCUCUGAGUUUUCUCAACCCCGUUCUGAGGAUUGUGUUUACCGUGAAAAUAUUAAUUGUAUUUAACCCUAAUAAUCCCAUUCGCCACAACACUGUGUGCCGUUUCUCAUUUUCACCACGAAUCAACAUUGCAUCAAUUUCCUUCACCAAUUUCCUCUUCAGCGAUCAGAGAACUCGUUCCUCUCUUCCCUAGACUCGCCGUCGCUGCUGCCGUCACUUGAUGGUAUAAAGGUUGAUGAUCUUGAGGCCAAUCAUUUUGUCCUACAGGAGGAGGCUUCGGGGCAUGGUUUUGGUAGAAAUGUUAUAACACUUCUUGAAGAAAGUGGUUAUAACCUAAUUGCCAUAGGUUUAACUGGUUCUAAUCAUUCAUUUGAUACAAACAACAUUAUAAGUCUGUCCCUACAUAGGAAGGCAGUAACUUCGUUGACGAAAUUUUGAAGGUGAUAAGAAGUGAGGAAAAGGAACUUGGUGUUAGGAGAAUGGUGAUCACUAGUACCAAUCCGCACUAUAAGGAGAUAGCCAUCAGGAAGAGGAUUGCUAGCAUAUUCAAUAAACGUGAAGAUGAUUUUCCAUCUUUGAAAGAGUACAACGAUUAUUUGGAGGAAGUAGAAGACAUGACGUUUAACUUGAUUGAAGGAAUUGAUCUUGCGGCUAUUGAAGCUAGGAUUGCUAAAUACCAAGAAGAAAAUGCAGAACAAAUAAUGAUUAAUCGAGCCCGAAAGGCUGAAGAAUUAGCUGCAGCUAUGGCAGCAAGCAAGGGACAACCUGCCCAAACUGAUAAUGAUGAUGCAAGCCAAAAUUCCCAAGCUGGAUUUGGUGCUGUCCCUCAGGGGCAAUAUGCACCUACAGUUGCAGGAGGACAGCCUAGACCCACAGGCAUGGGACCACAACCUUUACCGCUUGGAGGCGGUGAUGCCGGCUACGUAGUUGAGAACGAGGAAACAUUGAGGCGACGAGCAAGGGCUGGAGGAUGGAGUAUAGAAAUAAGCAAGAAGAGGGCACUUGAAGAAGCUUUUGGAAGCAUUUGGAUUUCUUAGAGACAUAUUCAUGGAAGGUGUGACAUGUUUAUUAAAUUAUAGGGGCAUAGGAAUUCUACUGUCACAAGCUAUUCACAUAGUCAUUCAGAUACAAAUGGUCUAGAGUGUAAGAUUUGUCGCGAUUUUGUUAAGUUAACAAGUCUUUUAACGGGAUGCUUUAGUUAAUAUUUUUUAUUUUUAAUCUUAUUUUUGUAAAAUUAUUCCUCAAUUUUCCAUGUUUGAAGGUUUAAUCUUGUUUGUUUAUUGCUCGUUGACACACACACAAAUUGGGAUUUAUGAUGUGGUUUUUCCAUUUUUUUU